AUGGCAGCAGCAGCACAGAGGAGUAGAUUACUGACCCCAGCAAAACCCAAGCCCACCAGCAGUAGUAUUAGUGCUACUACGCCGCCGCUGCCACCACCAAAGCUAGUAUGUUUCUCCUUCGCCGCCUAUGCCAAGACCUUACUAGACCACCUAAAAUCUCUCAACAUCCCAAUCCUCCCUGGCCUCACAGACUCUGAAUUCACCUGUAUCGAAUCCACCUUCCACUUCACUUUCCCACCUGACCUUCGCUCCAUUCUCCAAGAAGGCCUUCCUGUUGGACCUCACUUCCCCAACUGGCGUUCUUCCUCUUUACAGCAACUCCAAAUCCUCCUAAACCUUCCUUCCUUGAACCUCUCCAAGAAUAUCUGUCUAAACAACUUCUGGGUUGAUUCUUGGGGUCACAAACCUCAAGAUACGAAACAAGCCCUCGAUAUUGCAAAACGCUUCUUGGAUAAAGCACCAGUUCUUGUGCCCAUAUAUAGAAACUGUUAUAUUCCCUCUACCCCUAACGUCGCCGGUAACCCCGUCUUUUACGUUGAUGAUGGAGAAGUGCGUGUUUUCAGCUUUGAUGUUACGACGUUUUUUCAACAAGUUGACUUCUUGCAAAUGGGGUUUCACUGUAGCUUUAACAAGCCUCUGAGUCUGUCAGGAAAGAAAAAUGCAUCCAUCAUAAAUGUGCCUGCGUGGGCAGCCACAGACGCCCGGAAGAUUGAAUUUUGGACGGAGGUGGUGGAGAGAGGGAGGAGAGUGGUGGCGCGUGGAGAGACUACUCCCGUGUGGUGGAAUAAUGUUGGUAGGGAGUUGGAUCAUUUGGAGUUGAGAGAUUGUUUGGAAGAGGUGUUUUGGAGGUUGAGAGACGGAGGAUGGAGAGAAGAGGAGGUGAGAGAGAUGAUGGACGGCUGUGAUCAUGGGAUCAGAGAGAAAGAUGUUUUUUGGCACGGGAGGAAGUGGUCAAUUGUGUUGUUGCGCAGGGAAGAAGAAGCUACGCACUUCCUUGAUUUUGAAGAAACUAAGGAGGAUGAUGAUGGCAAUUACGGCAAGACUAGUGUAAGUCCAGCCGGAGGGAAAUCUUUUGGGGAAUUUCUACUUCAAAACAGCUGUUCCAGAGAGGAUGAUGGUCAUCAAAAGAGCAGUAUCGAGCACUUAACGAAGCUGCGGUCCCUUCAAGUUUGA